GAACUGUUUUCCUUCGCGCGGGCGGAGGGCGGACGGGCAAGGAACGGCCGCGAUCCCGGGCUUCCCCAGCAGAACUGAUCCCGGCCACUCCUUUCCUACCAUCGGGGUCGCCUCUCGCCCGGCCCGGCGCCUAUUCCCCACUGACCGGCCAGGCCGUGACUGACUGACGAAGGGACGGUGACUGACGUGCAGACAGCCUUGGCCAGGACAGACUUAGGCGCAUGGCGCGCGGCAGCAGCAGGGUGGACAUGCCCCACGUAGAGUUCAAGGACCAGGAGCCGCAGGCGAUGGGGGAGCACCAGCAAGGCCAGGAGCACGGCGAAGAGGAAGCUGGUGGAGGGUCAGCUAGUGCCAACCGCCAGCUGCCCGCGCUGGAAGGGAAGCCAGUACCCUACUUCUCCUCUCUGGAGUCAAGCAUUGAUAUCUUGAAGAAAAGAGCCCAGGAAUUGAUCGAAAACAUCAACGAGAGCAGGCAAAAGGAUCAUGCACUCAUGACCAACUUCAGGGACAGCCUCAAGAUCAAGGUCACUGAUCUGACAGAGAAGUUAGAGGAGAGAAUGUACCAGGUUUACAACCACCACAGCAGGAUCAUCCAGGAGAGGCUCCAAGAGUUCACCCAGAAAAUGGCAAAGAUCAGCAAUCUGGAAACAGAGCUCAAAGAAGUCUGCCACACUGUAGAGUCCGUGUACAAAGACCUGUGCGUCCAGCCUGAGGUCACAAUUCCAGAAGAACAGACCUACAGAGAUGAUGAAUGCUAACCACUGCUGGGAGAUUCACUUAUAUCUUAGUGACAGCCACCAAGAGGCUAUUGUUGGGCCAUGCAGAGAAGAUUGUUUUUCACAGUUCUGUAACAUAACUUGGCCAGAAAAAUAAAAAGAUAACCCAA